UGCGUGCUUUUUAAUCCGCUGCGGCUACUAAAUCCAAAGUUUUAUACAAAGUUUUGAUCUCACUACCUGAGAGACAACACAACCAUUGAAUUGGCACCACCAUCUUUGCGAACGGCUCUGCUGUUGGGGGUAUGUUAUGUAUGGUCCAACCUGCUGUUGGGAAUUAUUGCGCUACCUGGCCAACCGCGUUUUGACGUCUGUCAAUUUCGGGCGCGCCUUCGGGUUAAGCUUCGCUUUUUAUGGACUCCCGUUCUAUCUUGAAAACAAACUUAGCGUGAAUAAAAUUUGAACCGAAUUAUUAAACAGAAAAUACAACAUUUUGGUGUCAGAAGUGGGACUCCUCGCAAAGUGAAACGGAUUGAAAACACAAUGGCUCAGCUGGAUCACGAAUCUAUGGCACAGCUUUCGACAAUGAUCGCCCAAGCGAUAAAAUCGGCAAUAGGUACACCCAACGCGGAGGUGAAUAGAGACGACGCUGCCCAACCAAAAGUGCCAACAUUCUCGCACCCGGCUUUUCAUGCGUCGGAUGAAUCAACAGUCGAAGACUAUUUUAACAGACUGGAGUGGGCGCUAAAACUGAACAAUAUCCCCACCGAUAAAUACGCGGACUAAGCGCGCGUGCACAUGAGAACAGAAUUAAACAAUGCUCUUAAAUUUCUCGUCACCCCAAAGCGGCCAGAGGAAAUUCCCUACGAAAAGCUUCAAAAAACACUCGAGAACCACUUCGACCAGAAGAAGAACAAGUUUGUCGAGAGUGUCAAAUUCCGUAACAUUUUGCAACAAAGGGGCGAAACAAUUUCACAAUUUGUUCUGCGACUCAAACAAGGGGCUGCCUACUGCGAGUAUGACGAUUUUCUCGACAGAAUGUUGAUUGAACAAAUGCUCCACGGCAUGGAAGCACGCGACAUUUGUGACGAAAUCAUCGCAAAAAACCCCAGCACGUUUAAAGAAGCUUUUGAUAUCGCAUUAACGCUCGAAGCCACAUGGAAUACAGUUCGUGAUAUCUCCACGGCGACACCGUCGGCGUCAGCAGAAGCUACCAAUAAGUUGGGUUAUGAAAACCCUCAAACUAAAAAGCAACAACCAUUCCGUCGAGCAGAACCCCCUACCAAAACGUCUGCUUCGCAUUCCAGAUGGACACACGAACAAAGCAAUAACACUGCAGCUACGCCCUUCAACGGCUGUGGUGGGCCGCAUCCAAGAAGCCUUUGCCGCUUUCGCAACGCCCUAUGCCAUACAUGUAACAAAAGAGGUCUUAUUUCGCAGGUUUGCCGAGCAGGAAGCACACCACGCGAACGAUCGAACAUUGAUCAGGUUGCGGAUUUCAACAUCGAUCCCGUACAAUCCAUUAAUACGAUACGCAACUCAGCUCCCGCCGCCAAAUUGAUGAUCGAUAUAAAAAUUGAUAGAAAACGCACCAGCAUGGAACUCGACACGGGAGCACUGUGUGGGAUUAUGGGGGAGACCACGUUAUGGUCACUAAAAACAAACUAUUCUUUUCUUCCUACAGAAAGGCAGUUUACCAGCUACACAGGUCACCGCAUCCAUUGUCUGGGCCGAUUGCCCGUAAACGUGUCUGUUGGCACAUUAACCCGUCGGUUAAACCUGUACAUAGUAGCGGGACAAACAGACGCCCUCUUCGGUCGCGAGUGGAUCGCCCAAUUCGUUGAUCAGAUAGACCUUGGCAAAAUGAUAGCUCCAAACACACAUGUCAACGCUGUUACUAGCUCGAAGCUCACGAUAAAACACGAAACCCAGUUGAAUUCGUUGCUCGACAGUUUCCGUUCCGUGUUUAGCGACGUUCCAGGUAAAUUGACCGGAUCACCAGCAUCAGUGCAUCUCAAACCUGAUGCAACGUCAAUUUUUGCUAAAGCCCGAGAUGUGCCAUUGGCGUUACGCGAUAAGUACGCAGCAGAAAUCGAAAAAAAACUCAAAUCAGGGUUUUACGAAAAGGUGGAAUUUCCCGAGUGGGCUUCGCCGACCCACGUUGUGGCUAAGAAAAAUGGUAAUAUCCGAAUUACUGGCAACUAUAAGCCCACAGUAAACCCAAGAAUGAUUAUUGACGAACAUCCUAUACCCAGAGUGGAAACCAUUUUCAACUGUAUGAAGGGAGCCACACUUUUCUGCCAUUUAGACAUAACCGAUGCGUACACGCACUUGACAAUCGAUGAAGAGUCUCGUAAAAUCCUCACCCUGAAUACCACCACGCAUGGACUCAUACGUCCGACACGAGCUGUGUAUGGCGCGGCAAAUUUCCCUGCUAUUUGGCAGCGCCGAAUGGAAACAGUACUACACGGUUUAACCAACGUAGUGAAUUUCUAUGAUGACAUUAUUGUUUUCGCCGCCGAUUUCGAAGCACUGCUAUUAGCCCUCGAUUCCACAUUAAGUCGAUUGCAACAGAGUGGUCUAAAACUAAAUCGAUCAAAAUGCGUGUUUGCGGUACGAUCCCUUGAGUGUUUGGGACACUGCAUCGACCAAGAAGGUUUGCACAAGUCCUCAAAACAUGUUGAAGCCAUACGAGAUGCACCAAGACCAUCAACACCAGAAGAGUUGCAACUUUUUUUUAGGCAAAGCAACAUAUUAUUCGGCAUUCAUUCCGAAUCUCUCUGCGAGAACGAAAGUGCUGCGUGACAUGUUACAAACAAGCAAUUUUGAAUGGUCACCAGAAGCAGACGAAUCAUACCAAGACGUGAAAGAAACAUUAAUAUCACCACAGGUCCUCAUGCGAUACGACCCAACCUUACCGCUAAUUCUAGCUACAGAUACGAGCAAAACCGGCUUAGGUGCAGUUCUUUCUCACCGUCUGACUAACGGAACUGUUGCUGCGAGUCGUAAACAAAUAGAGAACUGUCACCGCGGCUGACAGCAAAACAUUCAGCACUUGCGAUCGCAAGAGACUCCACACUCUCACGUACUUUUUUUUGCAAUAAGUGCAAAGAUUUUUAUCGCGAAUAUCUAAAAUCAAAGUGCCGGGAGUGAUAUUUUUCGAGUGUUAGUGCAUCCGAGAAAAUGUCUCAGCAAGCGAUAAAAAUCACCGGUGCAGCGACUGACCGCGAUAAUGCACCGCAAGUGCGGAGUGAUGUGUGAGAAAAGGCCGCUACCGCGGUAACAGCCAAAGUUACUCGACCCAAGAGCGAGAGGCUAAUGGCGGCUAAGGCCAGCCAAAAUCGGGAUAUAGCAGCCACGCAAGUGUUGGCAAGCGAAAAGCGCGAGGAUAAACCUCUCCACCCGAAUGAUGAGCCUUGCUCAUCCCAACACGGCCGCAAAGCAAGUUUGUCGAAGCAUCAACAAGUUUCGACGUCUUCAAGAUGCUCAGCAUUAGAACGUCGCGUAAACGAAGAGAGAGCAGAAGAGCAGAAUGCUGCCAGCGAUAAAUGCAUACAGAAGCCCCACUGUCCCAACAAGGAACCAGGUUUGUCUUUGCGUCCUAGUAAGGCUAUGUCAUCCAAACAUGGGCGUUCAUCUGUGUCGUCCAAGCGCUCAGCCUUAGAACGCCUAGUGGGAGAACAAGCCCUACAGGUGAAGUUGCUGAUGGCUGAGAAGGAAAGAAUGAUGGCAGAGAAAGAAAAAACGAUGGCGGAAGCGGUAUUGAAGUGCAAGUUUGCCGCCUUGGAACUGCAGAACGAGACGCAAAGGAAUAACCUCGAAGAGGUCGAUGGUAGUUCCGAAUACUCUGCGAGCAUCAUUCAGGGGUUAGUGUUGAGUGGUCAAGACGAAAACGAACAAGAGUCCAUCUUGAGAUAAAAAACGGCGGAGUGGGUACAGGCACAAUCGAAGAUUUUUUUACCGCUAGCGUGUUCCAGCGUUGAACCUGUGCAACAAGAAGUUACACGCGAUAAGGAAGUAGCUGCUUUGGAUUGGAAACCCCCUGACCACAUCGCAGCUAGGCAGGUAUGGCUGAAAAAACUCCCUACCUUUUCAGGUAAGCCACGAGAGUGGCCAAAGUUCUACAACUGCUACGUCGAAUCGACAAAAGCUUGCGGACUUUCUCCAACGGAAAACAUGGCCAGGUUGGAAGAAUGCCUUACUGGACCCGCACGUGAUGCCGUCGAAGGAUGGCUCGAUAGUCCGACGUCAGUAGAAAUGGUCAUGAAGACGCUUCAGAGACUGUACGGACGGCCUUCGCUUGUGGUGAAGGAUUUGCUCGAGAAGGUACGGCGAACCCCAGCACCAAGGCCGGAACACCUAGAUGAGCUAAUCACGUUUGGCCUAACAGUGUUACAUCUGUGCAACCAUCUAGCCAAUGCUGAUCUGGUACACUUCCUUUCAAAUCCUGAGCUACUUGAGGAGAUGGUAGAGAAGCUGCCCGUAACAAGGAAGUUAGAGUGGGUACGAUUUAGUGAAAGUUACCAUCUACCACCCGCUUGGCAAAAUGUCGCGCGACAUGCAUGCUUGAAAUCGAUGCUUGUUAACAUUCCACGCAAACAAUGAGACCCCAAAUUUUGAGUGAUUCAGGCCGAGGGGUAUGGCUCGACCCGGUACUUUGCAGUAUGACGCCAUUCGUGAGUAUGAUAGAUGCUAAAUGUGUUGUGAACGUGUACUUUAUGCAUGAAUAAAGUGUGUUAAGAAUGCCUGGUAUCAUGGCAGCUGACAGCCACCGAGUGGCGCAACCUGCGCACUGACAGAUUACCGCGUUUUUGAACUGUCAAACCAUAAGCCGAAGCGUGGUGUGAGUGUGUGUUCGCUAGGAGAUCGAGAACAGAGCACACGCAGAAAGUUGAUCGCAAAUAAAACAUCGUAAAACCCACCGAUAAGUGCCGCGUUAGAUUUGGUAUCAUUUUGCUUAUUUCCCUAAACAUUUUGGUCCUUCAAAUCCGGAUAUCGUUUGAAAAUCGUGAUCUAUGGUGAUCUUUCGUGAACAUUCGUACGCCUUUGUUAACAGUCGUGCAUUAUCGUAUGCGUUGUUCAUAGGUGUUCCUUUCGUUGUAUGCGCCUUGUUCGUGUGGAGUUAUCUUGUUGUUAUUAUCUAUGGUGAUAAUUUGAAGACAGUUCCUUUUAGAGGACACUUUGUUGAAUAUCAUAAAAUUGAGUGUGAUAUUGUGCAAAUUCAGCUUACUAUCGGGUAUGCUGUAUUAGACGCGGACAAUUUUCAGGAAAAGAUACAUUGGUGUGCGUGUACGCGUCGUCAGGCUGUACCUCUUUGGAAGUGUUGGUGAGAUCGCUUCGCAGUCAUUUUGAGGAGCAGCAACGUAAAAAGUAUUGUCGGCACAAAUAGCUCAACAAAAUGUCGGUCAGGAGAAGUGAUGUGCGCAAAACGCCAGCGGAAUCCGAGGAAUGGAAAAUUGCACCCAUGGGCAUGGAAGAAGCUGGACCGUUAUCGGAAAUCCCUGCGGGUUUGGAUGAAGCAAAGGAAGUGCAUCGGCCUAUCGAUAAAAACUAAUGUAUACGCAAGCAUUUUCUUAACAAAUUACAGCGAAUCGAAGAAGCAUUGAGUGGUACAUCGUUGGGUGACACGACAUUUCUGAAGGGAUGUGCAAAUCGGCCUCACUGGCGUUGGAGUAUGAAAAAUGGCAUCGAACCGUCUUGGAAACGGCCGAUAUGGAGAAUUUUGAGGACGGUGAGGAGGAAUAUGCACGAUUCGAAAAACGUCACUUCGACUUCUUGCUACGGAUUGAACGUGGUAUGUCGACCACUACAAAUGUUUCGCAACCUCGUGUAAAGCUUCCCGAAUUACGGCUGCCAACGUUUGAUGGCUCUCUCGAAGCUUGGCUACCUUUUCGCGAUUCUUUUAGUAGCCUGAUUGAUGCUGAUGCCAGCCCGUCAGACGUGGACAAAUUGCGGUAUUUGAAGGGAGCAUUGACAAAGGAAGCAAACAAGCUAAUUACGGACAUUGAGAUUCUUCGGCUAAUUACAUCGUGGCAUGGGAGCUUCUAAAGGCUCGCUAUGAAAACAAAAAACUAGCGGUGAAGCGACAUAUUGAUGCUUUGUUUUUGAUACCGGUAAUGAAGAAGGAUUCGUCCGAGUCGCUCAUUCACAUUCUAGAUAAUUUCGAGAGAAGCGUUAACAUAACGAAGCAGCUUGGUGUGGCAACAGAGGGUUGGAGUGUGCUUCUGGCGCACAUGUUACAUUCUCGGAUUGAUUCGGCUACUCAAAUGCAUUGGGAGGCUCACCAUCGUAGUACUGACGUUCCAGAGUACCAUGAACUUCUAACGUUCCUGAAGAGUCAUGCGUUAGUGUUGCAGGCAAUGGUGUCUCCAGCCCAAAAGAAAGAACAACAUACAUCGUCGUGGAAGCAGCGAUCGAAGAGUGAGGUGCACGUGGUGAAUUCUUCUAUGGAGAUAUGCUCGUUUUGUAAAAAAGGUUCACAUUCGCCCUUUAAGUGUGACAUGUUUAGUGGCUGGACAGUACAAGAGCGCUAUGACAAGGUCAAAGAAAAGAUGCUUUGUAUCAACUGUUUGUUGCCUGGGCAUAUUAUGAAGAACUGUUCAUCUAGUGUAUGUCGAGUUUGCAACAAAAAACAUCACACUAUACGCCCGAUUAUUAAACACAUAUUGUAAAGACAAGUUGUCAAAAUCGGAAGAUUUGUAUUAUGACAUCCGUUUGUGUUGUGUGUUGGAAAAAUAAAAUUUGACGAAACACAAACUCACAAGCACACUGCCAAGAUAUGUAUUAUGAAACACAAACGGUAAUCCAAAACUGUCAAAUUGCUUUCCGUAAGCUUUUUGCCACGGAAAGGCGCCAAUCUCAGAUAGUUUGUUGUUUGUGUUGUGUCGGUCAGAGUUGUUGCUGUUGCUUUCACGACAAAAUAUAAGUAUUUUAUUUCAGAAAUAAUCAAAUUUUAUCAUUUCAACAAAAAUAUGCAUACCGCCAUAUCCAUACGAAUGGCGAUAUGCUGAAAAUACUGGUAACGUGCUGCUGUUACGGCUUAAGAAGCUGCUGGUAUUUCGAUGAUAGUCGAAAGAUGAAGGGCAUGCGCACCCGGUUUACGUUCAACAGCAAUGGAUCCCAGCUACUUCUUCAGAAUAUCAAAGACGCACGCAACACAACAAAGACGCCCGCAACAAAGACGCCAACAAAUGGUAGAUGAGUUGGAAAAAGUCCCUGACAUCGCCAGAGGGAUGUAUAAAGGUGACCAGACCGCUUUCUGGGAGGAAAUGGCUGAGCACCUUAACGCCCUGGGACCGCCGAUAAGAACGGGUGCAACGUGGAAGCGGGUGUGGUUCGAUUACAAAUGUGCGGUAAAAAAAAACUGCGUGUGAAUAAAGCAUCUUUGUUGGCCACUGGUGGCGGCCCGUUCCAGCAAAGGCCAUUGAACGACGUGGAGGAAAGAGUGGCCGAUUUAACUAAUUUGAAGGCCACAAUAGAAGGAAACGCAGGCCGCUCUUUUGGUAAUUUGAAUGACAACAACAACAACAACAACAACAACAACAACAACAGUAACCAAUUGUUGCCAAUUAGCAACAUAGAUCAGCCAAACAACGGCAGCGAGGCGCCAAACAACGGCAACGAGGCGCCAAACAAUGAGCAGAAUACAGUAACGGCAAAAGCUAAGAGAAAACGAAGUCGGAAGCGACAGAACACGGAAGCGGUGUUGCGGCAAAAUCAGGAGCUUCUUGACCUCAUGAAAGAAAAUAUUGAAGUCAAAAGGAGUCCACAGCCGCGUUGAAUAGGGCAGUUGUGAUAUUGGAAAAUAUCACAGUUUUGUUAAAAGAGGCUGCUGAACGCAAAACCGAUUUGUGAUUUUGUUUUCAUAAUUUUUAAGAUUUUAGUUUUUGUUAGCGUUUAAUGUUCUUAUUAAGUGAAUUAUGGGAACUGUGAUGAAUGAACUCUUUUUGUGAUGCAAACUUAUGUGAUGAACUUAAAAAAUAAUAAAUGAA